AUGGCGUCGUCGAAAAUUCAAUUUGUUGCGCUUCUCGUCAUUGCUUCUGUCAUCGUUAACAGUGUACAAUCCACUCCUGAGAUCCUUCUUGAUCCGGAGGAACCUUGUGGAAGCACUCUUCCAUUGGUACCUUGUAACAAAAGUGAAGAUUGUCUCGAGAAAUGUGGAAACAAACAAGCUUGGUGCAUGCCUUUGGCUCCUUCUGGAGAUGAACAAGGUCGUGUGUGUUGUUGUGUAGGAGGGUAG